AUGGAGCUCCAUACAAUUAGCCAUGCAAAUAAGAGGCGAAAAAUAUCAGCAGCAGCUCUUGUAGUAGUGGUGAUGAUGGGUAUCAUGAUGAUGGCCCAAUUAUUGUCGGCUGAAAGGUUAAAGAGUGAGAAGAAUUGGUUGGAAAUUGCUAGAAUGACAGCAUCUUCAUCAUCCAACCUCCGAAGAAGUAAUAUGAUGACAGCAUCUUCAGUAUCCAUUUCGGGUUUGGAUGGAGGAAGAAGAAAAAUUACAUUGGAUGACGUCAAGACUCUCAAGAGAGAUGGAUUUUUAAAUUUGGAUGCUUUCAAGAGUAAUCCUUUUGUUGCUGUUGAUAAUUCUUGGUUGCAUGAUUUGAAUCAUAUGAUUAAUAGAAAGGAUCAACAACAACAUGUUAUUGUUACAUUGAAGAAGGAUGGAAAGUUGAAUAGCAAUAUUCUUUCUACAAUGAUUGGCCAACAAUCAUUCACUGCCAAUGUUGACAUGACACAAUUGGAAAGCUUAUUGAUGGAUGACAAUGUGGAAAAGGUUGAAUAUUUUGACCCAAUUUACAAGUUUGUCGUUUCUCAAUUUUCUCAAGAAAAUUCAGGCUCCCAACAAUUAGAUCUCGACAUUAAUGGAAAUAUAAAGGAUACUAUGCAACCAACACCAUCUAAAAAGGAAAAGGAUUGGAGACUUACUUUCCAAGAUAAAAAUGGAGAAGAAUUCGUUGUUUUGAGAGUUAUUGCUGAAGAAUUGACCAACGAAAGAGAAUUGAAUGGUUUGGAAAGAGUUUUCAAUAAUAUCAAAUCAUCAUCUAAUGGUGCCAUUUCUACUAUCAAGAGAGCAGGAUCAAAGAAAUUCAUGAUGUCUGUCAAGAAGAGUCAAGCUCUUGCUCUUUCAUAUGAAAUUUCCAAGAUUUCUAACAUCUUUUGGGUUGAACCAGCUCCAAGAAAUGAAGUACACAAUCAUUGGGCUAAGGGUAUCACUCAAAGUGGUUCUCCAUUCGUUGAACCAGUUACUGCUAGAGGAAUUACAGGAAAGGGUCAAAUUGUUACUGUUGGUGACUCUGGUUUAGAUCCAAACUCUUGUUUCUUCUAUGAUCCAGAUCAUGCUUGUCCAUACACUAACGUAACCACCAAUCUCAAAGUAAGCAACCACAGAAAGAUUGCCUCUUACUGGUCUGCUAUUGAUGAUGUUUCUGAAGACGAUGCUCACGGCACACACGUCAGUGGUACAGUUGUCUCUCAAUCCAUUGUAGGUUCACUCAGUGAACAUGAUGGUAUUGCACCUGAUGCAAAGGUUGCCUUUACUGAUGUUGGUUGUUCUGAUCCAAAAGGUUGUACAUGCAAGGGUACUCCUAAGGGAUGUCCUUGCGAUUUGAUGGGUGGUGUCUGUAGUCCAAAUGAAAAUGCCAUCUAUCCACCUAAUUCCAUGUCUGAAGACUACUUCCCAUAUGCCUAUAAUUUAGGAAGUAGAGUUCACACAAACAGUUGGGGAGAAUCAUCUGGAGUUUUGGGAUAUAGUAGUGAUUCAGCAGAUAUUGACAAAUUUAUUUGGGAACAUAAGGACUUUUUAAUCUUGUUCUCAGCUGGUAAUAGUGGAAGUGCUUCAGGUUAUUCUUCUGUUUCCACACAAGCUGACUCUAAGAACGUUAUUGCUGUUGGUGCCUCAAUGAAUCCAGUCUCAAAUUUCAAAUAUAUUACAGAUAAUAUUUUGGAUAUGGAAUACUAUACUACCAGAUAUGCUCAACAACUCAUGAACAUGUAUGGUUGUCCACCUGUUAACGUCACCUCUUCAGAUAGUUGUGAUCAAAUUUCAUCAUCAGUUCUCAAAGUGUGCAACUUUUUGAGAAAUUUCAAGACUGAAGCCGAUUGUUGCAGUACUGAAGGUGAAUAUUGUUCUGGAACUGGAUGUGGAUGUAACUUUUUUGGACUUGGAAGUCAAUGUUGUAGAAAGUGUAGAUCUGCCAAAUAUGAUUCAAACUUGUCUAAAAUGAUUUACAAUUCUGAAAAUAUUGCCUACUUUAGUAGUAGAGGACCAGCUUCUGAUGGUAGAAUUAAGCCAGAUAUUGUUGCUCCUGGCUAUUUUAUUCUUAGUGCUCGUUCACACAAUACUCUCUCACCAAUGACUUGUGCUGAAUCUAGUACAUCUGUUGCCAAGUCUGUUACUCAAAUGGGAGGUACAUCAAUGUCAUGUCCGUUAACCGCUGCUAAUGCUUUACUUGUUAGACAAUACUAUGUCGAAGGAUGGCAUUCAACAGGAAAGAAUGACAGUUCAAAGGGAUUUGCUCCAUCAGCUGCUCUUAUGAAGGCCACUUUAAUCAACUCUGGUGUUCCAUUGCUUGGUUAUUUGGACUUCUCUGGAACUUACAUUCCAAUUCAUGACACAAGUAAGGACCCAUUCUUCAACCUUCAAAGCAAAUACAUCGAAGGUUUUGGUAGAGUUCAAUUGGAUCGUGUAUUGAUGUUUGAUAAUAGUACUAGAAAAUUAUUAGUCGGAAGAAAGGACAAUAUUAAGACUAGCUCCAAGAUUACUACAGAGUUUGGAGAUCCAGUCAUUUCCUCAACAGAAGAUUCCCAUACUUAUUGUGUUGCUCCAAAGAGUUCUGGUAAGAUGAAUGAUGUCAAGAUUACUCUUGUUUGGACAGAUUAUCCAAGUAAUCCUGCCAGAUCCAAGCACCUGAUCAACAAUUUGGAUCUUGGUGUUAAGGUCAAUCAAGAUAUUUACUUUGGUAAUGCUGAAGAAAAGAAUACUUUCGAAAGAGAUAAUACCAACAAUGUUGAACAAGUUAUCAUUUCAAACACUGAUUCCAGAAUUGUUAUCAAUGUUGCUGCUUCCUACAUUUUCAAGGCACAAAGUUAUGCAUUGGUUAUUACUGGUGAAAAUGUUAAAUUUGACGAAUGUACAUCAAGCGAUUACUUUGAAUACUCUGCCACAGCCAAGAGCUUCUCGAGCAGUCUUGGAACUGGUAUCAAAAUCUUUGGAUUUGAUCUUGCCUUGGUUAUGGUAUUCAUUGUUUUGGUUCUCCUCAUUAUUGCUGUUGCAGCCAUCGCAACUUGUGUCUUUUCAUUCUUUGUUUGGAAGAAACAAAGUCAACCUCAACAAUUCGCACGAUUGGAAGAUGAAAACACUCGUGAAUUGUAAUCUUUAAACUAUUUAUUAAAUUCAAAACAAACUUAUUUAU